UGCUGAAGGUGAACAGUACAAGCUAGGCCUCACUUAGCAAUGCUUCAUGAGGCAAAUAUAUAGCCUACAUCUAUAAAAAGGACAUUAUUUGGUAAAAACUGCAAAGUUUGUGUUUAUCUACAGCAGGGGCGGACUGACAACUCAUGAGGCCCCCGGCAAUAGGGGAUUAUGGGGCCCCUGUGCCCUCACCCACACUCAAACCACAUCCAAAAAAGCCUAUGAAAUGUAAUAGGGGCAUCUCAUGGGGCCCUCUACUGACCCCGGGCCCUCAGGCAGUGCCCAAGUGCCCAAAUGGUCAGUAUGCCCCUGAUCUA